AUGGGCACGCACGUAUCAAAGGUGAAGUCGGUAAACAUGGAUGCCUGGGCGGAGUCUACGAUGCUCGUGGCAGAGAGCAUCGGCAACGCGCGAGGACGACUCUUGUACGAGUACAACAUGCCACCGUCGGCACGCGUGACCAACACGACCGAAACCGCCGUGGCCGAGCGCGUGAUCCGCUCCAAGUAUGAGCGGAAGUUGUACUACCACCCCUGCUUCGCACAGCUCGUUGCACAGUUCAUGGAGACCCCGUUGGAGGGGGUAAGCAGCAGCGGGACCACAACUUUAGCGUCUUCUCCGGGAUCGAACGCGCCGCUGUGCCUAGGCGGCGAGCCAGGGCACACGCAGCCGCAGGACGCUGUGCUCGAGGAGCUCUGGGGAGCACCCGUGUCUUCACUCAACUCAAAUCAACCGAGUCAGGAAGCGACGCAGGGCACGACGGGGGCCCGCACAAACGUUGCGGAACUCUUCUCUGCUUAUCCGACUCAUAGCGCCGGUAUGGACUAUGCGGCUGCUGGAGGCGGUGCCCUCUCGCCGCCUACGGCGUGGGGGCAAACGGCGGGGUCGCUGUCGUCGGUACCACCGGUGAGCGCGAACGCCGACUCGGGCUGGUUCGAGUCGCAGUUUGGUGGGGCGGCAAGCAGUGUACUCGGCCCCACCAGCGGCGGCGCUCACAGCGGGGCGCCGUUGCCGAACACACUGCAGUCAGCGCCGAGCCCGCCGACAGCACACGAUAACACAGACGACCUGUUCACCGGCGGCAGUGCGAGCGUGGGCUGCAGCAAAGACGAGAUUCUCUCUCUCUUCCGCACCGCACCUGUCGCUGGGGCGUAUGGAGAGACGAGCAGCGUUUCUACGGCAAACACGGGCGGGCACCCGAUGGCGUGGUAG